UCAAAAGAACCCUAAAGAUCCGAGUUUCCUUGCCUGCCCCAUAUACUAAAAGGAGGGGAAAACCCUAAACAAUCCCGCCAACAUAUUCAAAUCUUCACUACCUUUUGGUCGCGACAUCAUCCAUUAGGCUGAAAUUUCUCAUUUUUAUCUCAUGUCCUGGUUAUGUUAUUGAAACCAACAAUCCCGUGUUCUUUGUCUGCGAUCUCACCGCUCACGAGGGUUUAUCGAUUCUUCUCUACUACUAGGAAAUCAGGAUCUCCUUUGGAGUUUCCUUGUAGUUGUUCAUUAAGACCAAUCCACAUGGAAAGUAACAACAGCCAAAGCAGAGACUCCAGAGGAGCUCUGAUCGUAUUAGAAGGCUUGGAUAGGAGUGGAAAGACUUCUCUGUCCAGCAAUUUGUUCUCACAUCUUGAAGGUUUGGGACACUCUGUUGAAUCAUGGAGGUUUCCUGAUAGAAAUACGGUUGUUGGUCAAAUGAUAUCUUCUUACCUUAGUAAUGAAUCACAAUUGGAUGAUCAUACAAUUCACCUCCUGUUCAGUGCAAAUCGAUGGGAGAAAAGACAACUGAUGGAGGCUAAACUUAAAAGUGGAACUACCCUUAUUGUGGAUCGAUAUUCAUACUCUGGUGUGGCUUUUUCAUCUGCUAAAGGGUUUGAUAUGAGUUGGUGCAAGGCACCGGAUGUAGGUUUGCUGGCACCGGAUGUGGUAUUAUACCUUCAAAUACCUCCUGAGAAAGCUGCUGAAAGAGGAGGUUAUGGAAACGAGAGAUACGAGCAGCUUGAGUUUCAGAGGAAAGUUGCAUCAGUUUACGAUAUCCUCCAAGAUUCAUCUUGGAAGAUCAUAGAUGCAUGCCUGCCCAUGGAAGACGUUGAGAAGCAGGCCAGAAAGAUUGUAGUCGACACCAUAUCAGAUUGCCGAAAGGGAAAGAUCCUUUCCUCGCUUUGGCCAUGUUAGAAUUCUCUUCUUGAUGAAAUUUGUAACAUUAUUAUGUUAUUUUUUUUGUUUGAAUCAAGGUUAUUAUUAGUAUGAAUACAAUCACGGCUUACAACAUGAGCUUGUAUGAAGUAGUUUAUUUGGGAUUUU